AGAACUAAAUAAAAUCCCUGGAGCGGUAAAAACUCCAGAACAUUGCAAACGGUAAGUUCAAUAUUUUCUUUACGCUUCCUAUUUAAAAUAAAUUAUUAUUUUUUUAGGUUUGGCGCGACCUCAAGUCUAAAACCUCAUCAAAAUUUAAGACCUUAAAAAGGGAAAGAAAUGUCACUGCUAAUAUGCCGCUUACAAAGGGAUUCCUCAACCCUAUCGAGAAGAGAGUAGUCGCCAUAGUUGAAUGGGAAUACAUGAUGGGUAACGUAGAAUGUCCUGACAGUCUGGAAAUUGAAGUGGAAAAUAAUCUUAACGCAUUAAUAAAUGAAGACACAAGCCAACAUGAUAUAAACACCUAUAAAGUGGAAGUCUUGGAGGAUGAGAUUGACGCAUUACAAAAUCACACUUCUUUGAAACAUAGCACACAAGAAAUCGACAAGUCCUCGUAUAAUAAACAUCUGAAGAAAGACAGCAACAACAAAGAAGAGUUUUUGAAAAUAGCCAAAACACAAGCUGAAGCAUUAUUGGUAAUGCUUUCAGUAGCUUUCCUAAAAUAUGUUAAUUUCUUAUAGUUGGCAUCUUAUAUUCGUGCCUUCGAAAUUCUUACUUAAAAUAUCAUUUCUAUUUUGAUUCAUUUCAUAUUGUUUCUGUGUUUCUUUUAGAUCCUUGCCAAUGCCCAAAAGGAAACUGCACAGGCAAUGGUUACAAUAUCGGAAAACUUUGCGUUUCUUGGUGAAAUUUUAGUGGCUCAAAAUAGAAUAGAAAAUUGUGUCAAUA